UGCUAUAUAUAAAAAGGAGGCAAAGGAACAAGAAAGUCCAAUUGGGUUCUGAAAGAAGGACUCUCGGAGAAGGAUGCAGAUGCAGACUCACACGUCGGCACCGGAACAGCAGCACAUUCUGCGCGCGAGGAACUCCGUGCGCAGCAGCCAUAGAGACAGCCCGUCCGAAGAAGAGAGAGCAGAUGAGGAAGCAUCGAGGACAGCUCUCUCCUCGUUCCGCAUGAAGGAAGAACAGAUCGAGAGGAAGAAGAUAGAGGUCAGAGAGAAGGUCUUCGCUCAGCUGGGCAGGGUGGAAGAGGAAAGUAAACGCCUGGCCGUGAUCCGAAAGGAACUCGAAGCCAUGGCGGAUCCAACAAGCAAGCAAGUGUCAGACUUACGCAAGAAGAUAGAUGCAGUUAACAGCGAACUGAAACCUCUAGGCCAGAACUGUUUGAAGAAGGAGAAGGAGUACAGGGAAGCUCUUGAGGCCUUCGAUGGAAAGAACAGGGAGAAGGCCCAGCUAGUCAACAAGCUAAUGGAGCUGGUGAGCGAGAGCGAGUGGCAAAGGAUGAGAAAGCUGGAGCAGUUGAGCAAGACAAUAGACUCUCUUCGGUAGGGCAAGUCUUCUGGAACCGGUGGUCGAGGAAGGAGCUCCCUCAUGUUCUUGUUUCGGAUGACGUCGUCUUCCGAUUGCAUCUCUCAUCGGGACUAGAAUGCUUGUCCUUUCUUUACUCUUCGUUCUAAUUGCUACUUUUCGUGGCUUGAUGAGUGUAAUAAGCUGAUAGCGAGUUUGUGUUUGCAUCACAGAUGAAAGAAACAUUCUGCAUCGAGGAAAA